UUAUUGUUCGCUAUUCCAACACACAAACUUAAACACUUUUCAUAGACUUCAAAGUUUAUCGGUUCUGAAGCCAGCAAGGUGUUCCAUAAAUCGUCCCUGACGACGUAUUGAAGUUGUAUAUUGGCUACACAAGAAGAACGAAGAGCACUGCAAAAUGGCAUUUCUGGGCAAAGUCAACAGUCAGGGAACCCUUAUCGACCAUGAAGUAUUCUGCUUGAUCCAUCCUAGCCAGCAGGAUUCAGCUGGCCAGGCCAGAGAGAUGGGGGCGAGUGUACUGCUCCUGCGAAGAAAGGGUUCCAGGACCUUCAUCAAGACCUGUGACAAGGACAGCCUAGUCCGCUCCAUGGGUAGCCCCAGCACAGUGCGCUACGUGGGCAGCUCCGAGUCGUCCAGUGAAGUCAACUCAUUGGGCGAGACGGAGACCUCCACUCUGCGCUGCUGCUCGGAUUUGUCCCUGGGCACCCUGAAGUCGACCAAGACAAUUGAGGGGCCCCACGUCGGUGAACUGGGAGAGGAUAUCGAGCUGCAGACGGAGUCGGAGACGGUCUGCCUGCAUCUGGGCAGUCCCAGCAGUAGCACCAGCACGGACCGGAGUAGCUGCAGCGACCGAUCCUGCCCCUCUUUGCGCAGCGUCAGUUCCAGCGACAAGGACUCGACGACCUCGAUGUGCAGCUGGGAGGAGGCCAUGUCCCAGGAUGACAGCAUGCUGGGCCCGCUCCAGUUGCCACUGAGCCACAGCCUGCCCUCGCUGCGCCUGGGAUCGAGCGUAGGAUCGCCGCCCCUUACCUACACCCGCCGCAUCGAACCGCUCCACAUCCGGCGGUCCGCCGGCGAGGCCUACGAGAACUGGCUGUCCGCCAAGCAACGCCAGUGCCAGUACAAGCUGCAGGCGCAGCAGGCCGAGAAGGAGGCGCAGCGGCAGAGAACGGAGCUGAGGCAGCGGCUCGCCAAGGAGAAGUACGAGCAGUGGUGUCAGCGGAAGGCGCAGCAGACCACCAGUACCGCCAAGCCCACCAAGCCCGACCGUCCUGCCCAGCUGCCGCCGCAGAAGAACAUGGCGUCUGUGCAACAUCACCUGCAGGAGUGGGAGCUGCACAAACUGAGGCUGCUCGAACAGCGUCGCCUCGAGCAGCGGAAUGCCGAGCGGCGGCGCCAGGAGGAGAAGGCCGCCCGCCGCUCGCAGGCGGAAGAGGCCUUCAGUCGGUGGAUGAGCAACGUGGCCCAGAGGCCCAAGCCCGUCCCCUCCAGCCAGGGAAUGAAGUCGUUGCGCGGCACCGUUUCCGACAUCUUUAUAAACCCCAAGCAGUGGGUGAACUAAGCUGGUCGGAUUUGAAAUGGUCGGAGGUGGAGAAGUGGCUGCCUAAUAGGUGAGAGUUAGCUCGCCCGGUGAAACCAAAGUUUUAACAAGUGUAACCAUAUUUAUUUAUUUAGCACUAUUAAA